AUGCCAGCGUUCGCAGAAAUGUUGGUUUCGCAGAGUCCGCCCGUGUACAGCCACUCGUUGGCCACGGAUUAUAAACCCGGCGGAGGUUCUCCUGGCGCUAGAGAGGCUGGAGACAAUGGUGGCGCUGGAGGCUACUACUGUAGGCCAGUUUCGUUGCAGUUCAGUUCCGGACCUCCGCCGUUCCAGCGACAGCUUACACCGCCCUGCCUUAGCCCAACUGGUGGCAAGUUGCCAACUUCGCCCCGUCGGUCGUGUCUGGUUGUACGAACGGACGAGCCUUCCACGCCGGAAGAGACGGUCCCGCCGCGCGUGGCAGUGAAGUUGAUGACCUUGGCAGAGGACGAAACUGUGUCGGCAAUGGCGGUUGGGCGCAACAAGAAGAAAGUCGUGUUCGCGGACGACCAAGGUGGACAGCUGACGCAGGUUCGCGUGAUGCGGGAACCAUCCUACAUGCCACCGAUAUGGAGCUUGCAAUUUUUGGCCCACGUGACCCAGGGUAUGAUCAGCCCGGUACCCCAAGAGCAGUGGAUCGUCGACUUUGUCCAGCCGGCAAGCGAUUAUGUGCGCUUCCGACAGAAGCUGGACGACCGAAACGUGUCACUCGAGAAUGUGAUCAUUAAGGAGACGGAGCAGCUGAUCGUGGGCACGGUUAAGGUUAAAAACCUUUCCUAUCACAAAGAAGUCGUCAUACGGUCGUCCUGCGAUAGCUGGAAAACUCAUGAGGAUACUUUCUGUACAUACAGUGUGGUCGGCAAUGGAGCGGCUUCCGCUUAUCUGAUAUUCGACACCUUUUCCUUCAAGCUAACUCUUCCUCCUAAGUCCAGACGGAUUGAGUUUUGUGCCGCCUUCAAGUGCGAUGGCGUCGAGUACUGGGACAACAAUGAUGGUCGCAACUACUCCCUGACGAAUCGCAUCGCCCCCCGGGAAAACUCUGGGGCAUUCCUGACGUCGUCUUCUGCCAGUGCCUUUAACAACAGCAAUGGCGCCCGCAACGGCAUAACGCCGGCUGCCGAAGGCUUCUCGUCGCCAUACGUGGACCCCGGUGCGGUUCUGGACACGUGGACCGACAUGAGCGUUGAAACGCAGUCAGGGCCUUACUGCAAUACCUUUGACUGUUCGCUCAACUACUGCUCCAAUUAUGAGGAUCACAAGGCAAAGCAUUUCGCCGGGAUGCAUCCCCAGAUGAAGCCAAUCAGUCUGAACCUGUCAUACACGCCGAGCACAAGGAUGACGAUCACUGAGACGAAUAUUACCAGCGAGCGGCGUGCAAGUACUGGCGAGUUUUUUGAAAAUAAAAGAUUCAACUACCCUAUCAACUCCAAAUCAGCCCCUCCUCUGGGCCGUAGUGCCAGCAGUGGCAAACUGUUCUACAUACGUGAACGCCAAGAGAGCGAAGAUCUCCUCACUAAUCUGCUUCGUUUGCGCAAGGUGAUGCUGAGUCAAAAUGUAAAUAUUUGA